AAUGUUUAUUCCUGUCGAAAUUGUUCCCGUGAGCAAUUUUGACUGUGGGGGCUAUUUGGCACGACACCAUCAGUUUUUCAUUCACUCCGCUCUUGUGUUCUAAGCGACGUCAACACUACCUCGCCGCUUCCCCCUGUAACUGUGUGAACUUAAGGCUCGACCAUGACGGAGGAAGGCUGUCUGCUUGUGAUGGUGGUGGACAUGCACCCCCAGCUAGCUGAGCAUGAUGCUCACACAUACCUCAAUGCUGUUGUCGCCUUUGCUAACCUGCACUUGGCUGCCAACGUCCGAAACUCCCUAGGGGUCCUUGCGGCCAACCACCUGGAGUCAAGGUUCCUAUAUCCAAGCUGUGAUGGUGAUGGGGUUGAGAGACAAAGGGAUGGUCGGCUGGAGAUGUUAGGUCAAGUAGACCGAGCCAUUGAGAGAGGCCUCAAGACCAUGGCUGUGGCAGCAGGGGCCAGUCCCAUGCAUUCAGAGCAGAGUGAGUCCCUCCUCUCUGGGGCCAUGGGCAGGGGACUUCUCUACAUCAAGAGACGGGAGACUGAGGAGGUUCUAACGAAGAAGCUGCAAUCCAGACUGUUAGUGCUAAAAAUAUCAUCGGAUACUGGGAGCCAGUACCUCACCUACAUCAAUGCUUACCUGACGGCACAGAAGAUGUCGACGCCGGUUGACGUGUGUGUUGUGGGGGGUGAGUGCGGCCUCUUGCAGCAAGGCGCUGACAUCACAGGGGGUACCUACCACUGUGUGCGACAGGUGACAGAGCUCCUCCAGACACUGCUGCUCAUGUACCACUGCGGCCCAGCUACUCGCAGGAAGAUGAACGCUCCACCACCUGACACAGUGGAUUACCGUGCCGCCUGCUUUUGCCACCGCACACUAGUGGAUAUGGCCAGUGUGUGCUCCAAUUGCCUCUCUGUCUACUGCAAGGCUGUGCCACUCUGCACCACCUGCAAUGUUAUCUUCCAGACUGAUCGGCCUCUUGUUCGUCUGAGUAAGAAGAAAAAGUGAAGUGGGGCUUAAAGAAAUGAGAGGGACGAUGAAGUGGUAGAAGCAGAGCAUUGCCUUCCUUUAGUGGAAAGGUUAAGAGGAGCAAGAACUGAAUGGUGGAAGGAGAGUACUUUAUAUUACUCAUGGCAAAUUGUCAUUCCUCUCAAGUCAUGGCAAUGCCUAAUGGUGUGUUGGAAGUGAUGCAUGGGGUACAGUGUUGAGCUGGGGGAGUCUCACAGCCUAAGUUCAGAUAAUAGUUUCUUGGAAUGAUUGAAGUGUUAUUUAUUGGUAAUAACUACUGUAUGUAGUGUGGUAGGUAACUGGGUCUCAUACACCACUAUAUGUAUGCCUGUCACCCAUGCCAGCAGUGUGUGAGCAAGAUAAAUACAAAAGAGCCUCAGGUCAAGGGAGGUUAAGAAAAUUGUUUUACAGCAACCAUUUAAGUGACUUCUUGUUCUCCAAUUUUAUAUUUCCAUUUUAUAAUAAACUGAUAUUAAUUAAUUCA